AUGGAGCAGGUGGUCCGAGAGCGGGACAACCUGGGUAAACAGCUGCUGCGGCGCAACGAUGAGCGAGCUCUUCUGUACGAGAAGAUCCGCAUCCAGAACGCCGUCCUCAGCAAGGGAGACUUCCACUACGGCCAGCGCCUGGAGGACAUCCGCCUGCUCAAAGUGGAGAUCAGGAGGCUUAGGAGCAAGAGGAGCCUCCUGGACAAGAGUAUCCCCAACACGGAGGAGCUGAGACAGGAGCUCUUUCACCUGCAGAGGGAGCUGUUGAGAGAGAGGACCAGAAACAGCAUUCUCGAGGAGCAGCUGAAGCCCAUCAACAUUCACCGAUGGAGGCGCCUGGAGGGAAGUGAUCCUGGUAAAUAUGAGCUCAUUCAGAAGAUCCAGUCGUUACAAAAGCGACUCAUUGCCAAGACUCAGGAGCUUGAAGAAAGUGAACUGCUGCUACAGGAGAAGGAGAAACUGUAUGUGGACCUGAAGCGUGUGUUGACCAGACAGCCGGGACCAGAGGUGGCUGAGCAGCUUCAACAGUGCCGCUGGACACUCCGAGAUAGAACAAAGAAACUUAAGGUACUAUCCACUAUGGUUUAA